AUGGAGCGCUCUGAGAAGAAGAGGGACGGAAAGCGGAAGACGAAGCCAGGUGCUCGAAUCUUUUUCUGCGCUGAUUCUCAGCUUUCGCCUCCAAAAAUCUCUCCGACUUUCCUUCCGGCAGAUGAGGAGGAGAUGGUCGGCCGCAGUGUGGCGAAGUACUGGCGCCAGCGGUACUCGCUCUUCUCGAGGUACGACGAGGGCAUCGCCAUGGACGAGGAAGGGUGGUUCUCCGUCACCCCCGAGGCGGUGGCAGCCCGCCACGCGGAGCUGUGCAGACGCGUCGUCGUCGGCGGCGGCGGCGGUGCCGCCGGCGUGGUGGUCGACGGCUUCGCCGGCGUGGGCGGCAACGCCAUCCAGUUCGCCAAGAGGUGUGUGGCUCACUCUCACUCUCACUCCUAGGUUCGAGACGUCCCACCGCCGGUCGUCGUCUUUUCCAGAGGCUGCCAUGUCGUCGCCGUCGAGAUCGACCCGCAGAGGCUGAGUUUUGCCCGUCGCAACGCCGAGAUCUACGAGGUGGAGGACAACAUCGACUUCAUCGUCGGCGACUUCCUCCGGCUGGCUCCGUCCCUAAAGGUGCGUCGCUGACAGUGUAAUGUGUGCUUUCUAGAUAGAGGACGGCCAACUGGGUCGAGACAGGGCUAGCCCAGUGCGCCGUAGGACAGAGACCCAGCUAAAUUGAUUGGUCAGUGGUCAACUGGGGAGGGAAAAAAUUCAUGGUUCCUGUUUUUCUUCCUAUUGGACCAGUUAUCUAAAUCUAUGAAUGCUUCGCCCUCAGGGAGAUGUGGUGUUUCUCUCGCCACCAUGGGGCGGCCCGGCCUAUAAUGCCCUUGGGAACUUCACCCUUGACUUACUCAAACCUGAAGACGGGUGAGUACUGAUUUUGAUCCGAGUUCCGUCCAAUAUUGGAAGGGGAAAUAUGAAUAUCGGGUAUAUCGCCUCGCCUAUAAGUCAAAAGAAAAAGCGGUUAUAAACUAUAUAUUCAAUAUUUUGUGUGCAGAUAUUCAAUAUUCCAGCUUUCGCAGAGGAUAGCACCAAAUAUCAUCAUGUUCUUACCGCGCACUGUGGAUCUAAGCCAGGUGGAGGAGCUCUCCUGGUUAUCUUCGCCUCCUCUGGACUUCGAGGUAAUCGUCGAUGUCUGCAUGAGUUAUUUCCACGGCAGGAACUCUUAUUCUCUUGCUUUCGUUCACCGCCAGCAGAUCGAAGAGAACUACGUGGGCGGUCGUCUGAAAGGGAUCACUGCCUGUUUUGGCGAUCUUGCAUCCAGGUUUGGCUGA